AUUAGAAAAGUUUAGUUUAUGGAAAUGCAUAAAUAAUGUUUAGAAACGGUCAGCGUCAAGCGCAGCUGCUGGUGCGAAGCAGCCUGUGCCAGCUUUUGCGUGGAGCGGCUACGGCUAAAAAGGCGACCAGUCGAGAGGUGAAGCCAAAGCUGAAGUCUGGGUCGCACAUAGAGAUACCAAUGGAAGAGGCGCUAAAUGCCAACUAUUUGUCCAAAGCUCUGGGUAGCAACUAUAAAGCCUGGUCCGCUGCACUGGAAAAGCAUCCCGAGCUGAAGACGGUGAAGCGCAAGGAUUUGCUCAACUCCUACGAUAUUCUAAAAGCGCUACAGUACAGCGUGGACGAUAUUAUUGCCAAGCCCAUGAUCAUCUAUUAUGGGGCGACGACACUCUCGAAUCGCCACAGCGUGCUGCUGGAGUGCGGCUUCCAUGAUAUAACCAUCCAAACGCUGGCCAAGUAUGUGACGGUGGUCAAUAGGCCUAUCGACUUUCUGAAGGCUCAUGGCUUCAUACCCUUCGACAUGAAGGUGCACGAGCGUCUGGUCAGUCUCUUCACGGACAUCUCCCUACCGCUGGCGACGCAGGAGCUGGAUAGCGAGAGCAUCAGCGUGAAGACCCUCCGCCAAUCGUUGAUGAACGCCUACCUUCGAGAGCGCCUGCAAAUGGACGAUGGCGAUCUGCAAAAGCUGUGGCGGGUCUACUCCCGUGUGCGGCACAAAAGUUUCCGCUCUGUGCAGGACACAGUUGAGCUGCUGACCAAAGAGCUAAAGUUUUCCGCAGAGCGCCUGCGGAAGAACAGUUUCCUGCUGCAUGCGGACGCGGAUAAUGUGCGGCGCAUCAUACAGGAGAUUCCCACCAUCGAUUCGCAGGACAUACGCGACAUUGGCUACCGCCGGCCCAAGAUUCUAAUGUCCACGUGCGACAGCCUGAAGCAGACCCUACAGAAUGUCCGCUCCUUUGGCAUCAGCGAGGGCGCGGUGUUGCGUUGUUUGGAGGUGCUCACCCUGGGGCCGGACACAGUGCUGGAGCGCUUACGGGAUCUACAGGAGAUCGAGGAGUUCCAGGUGCUGGGCACCAAUCCGCGCGUGCUACGUCUGGUCCAUUAUCAGAACAAGGCUCGCCUUCGCUUGGAUUACUUGACGCAGCUGAAGGUGCGAUGCGCCUCCCUGCACAUCCUCUCCUGCGGUUCCGAAGCGUUUGCCAAAUUCGCUAGAGAUGGCUCGGAUCGCACCAAGGGUCGUGAUAUUGUCGUCUACCUGGGCAACGUGCUGUCCAAGGAUGAGCAUGCGCUGCGAAAUCUGCUUUCCCGCCAUCCCAACUGGUGCCACAUACCCCUGCUGCAUGUGAAGCAGUGUCUGGAGUACUUGAAAAGCAAGAAGUUCAAUCUGUCGGAGAUCUUUGACAACAUCCACUUGCUCUUGUAUCCCAUUAAACGCAUUGAGGAGAAGCUCUUGCUGCUGCAGUCAAGCGAAAUUCAGGAGGAACUGCAGUUGCCCGUGUCCGAUGUCAAUAAUCUGAGCAACAGCGAGAUUCUCACGCUCAUUCUCUAUCUAAUCGAAUCGGAGUUCCACUUCACCGGCGAUGGCAUCUGGACGGAGCAGCACACCCAUCAUGUGGAGAACUUUAACAAUCUGCUGCCUGAUUUCCCGGAGAGCCUCAACAAGGUUUAUAAAUACGGCGUAAAGCCAGCCGAGAAGCAAAUCACUCAGCAUUUAUAGAUCCAGGGCCAACAGCCGCCUGCCAGUCUGCCAAUGGAAUUGUAAAUAGUUAAUUAGUUUCCUGGAAGAAUCGAAAUAUGAAUUGGAA